UGUUGGAACUUGGUAGUCAAUAAGGCGUUCUGGGAAGUAUUUUCAGCCUGCAGAAGAAAAAAAACGGGCAUGGAGAGUAAUGCAGCCUCGAGGGCAUCCGCUGGGUAGGUAAAUAUGACCCUUCUGUGAUGCUGUUAUCAAUAGCUGUCCAACUUCGAAUCUCGACGCUACGCCCCCAACUUUUUCUAGAUAAAUUAGGUGCAAACAUUUGUCCGAUGAAAUGGAUUGGCCCACGGAAGAUGUAGUCUGGACUAACAACGACCUGAGGGCUUUCAAUUUUGCGGAACGCCCUACCACAGUGCUCCAGAAGUUAGAAUCUGAUACAACCGUAACUAAAAAUGAGCUUCUCAACGAGCAGGAUUGGGAAGAUUGGUUCACCAACGCCCCAAACGAAAAUUCAGGGGCAACGGAGCUUGGCGUCGUACUCUGUACGAGGGCCCCUCCUAUCUUUGACGACAAUGCGCCAGUCUCUCAUGUUUCGGUUACAAGAGAUACCUGGGAGAAGAUUGUGAAGUCGUUUCAUGUCCACCGAAGCGUCAUACGAUCAAUAGCUAGACACGUUAGCUGCUUUUCGUCGAUUUAUCGAGACGAGGGCACGUCGACAAAGUCCAAGAUAUACUUUACCGCUCGAAUGUCAAAAUUACUCCCCGGAGAUCUAGCAUUAUCAGUCACCUAUAUUCCAGGAACUAGUUCCACGUUUGCCGUCAUAUACGGAUGCAAUGAACAUCAGAAGCAAGAAGUAGAGAAGCGCAUUCGGUUAGCGGAAGACAAGACCAAGUAUCCACUACUGAUAAUCGGAAUUUUCGCCGAGCUCGAAAGGGAACGACUCGUAGAAAACGCCGAGGGACUCGUUGACGGAUUUGCUCUGACCUCCAACCGCUUUGAGAACGAGGCAUGGGACGCAUCCGUACACAUGAGCAAUGAGAAAACUCAGGGGUAUCUCAGGCUUUGUGCGCAGAGUCGAAACAUUACAGAUCAAAUCCGAGCGGUGAAGCGGCAGACACUAAAACUUAUGGGCGAGAUAGAUGAAUUCAAUGAUUAUUUUGCCUCGCAUAAGGGUGAGGCCUACUCUGGCGGCGCGGAUAAUAGCAGUAAGAAAGCACGUCAUUUUAGGAAAGCUGGAGCACAGAUGAAGAAGAGACUACAAGACAUUAUUAACGAGUACGAUGACAAGGUGGAUGAAUGCAACAUGAUCGUAGGAAACACUACGCUUGCCAUGCAAACGGUGUGGAACCAAAUCGCGAGACACGACUCGGAACUGAAUACUCGCAUUGCGCAAACGAAUACGGUAGUGUCGCUGGAGGCCAAGAAGGAAGGCACACAGAUGAAGCUAAUCGCACUAUUAACGAUGGUUUACCUCCCCUUUUCAAGUGUUGCGGCCAUAUUUUCGAUGGAUUUAUUCGACUGGGAUCCCCCAGAAGGGAAACCAGUGGUAUCUAAAUUUUUCUGGGUAUUCGCGGUGGUCGCAGUAGGGCUUACUGCUAUUACUUUCUUCGCCUGGUAUCAAAUCACCUCUCGUCAUGAACUAAAAGCUAGUCAGAAAGCUGCGAAACUGCAUAACACCAUAGUUUGAUCUUGAUGGCGUGUUACGAGAUUACGAAGGUCACGAUAUGUUCUAGGUACCCAACAAGCAUCUACAUCUAACUAUUUAAUCAUUGAUUCAAGGUUGGCAACUUGAAAUCACAUAGAACUUGUAUUUAUAGAUUCUACGAAUGCUCAAGGCAUCGCCAUCAUCAGCGUAAGCUUACUGAGCGACACCGUCAUGUCACCAAAUAUCACAUAUAUGCAUUUGCUUUUCACGGGAAUAGCAAAGCUACUGGAAGCAAAUAGAUAUCAUAUAUGUCCUAUUAUCUGACGUCAUAUUAUCAUUCUAGGUGUCUCGCAAGAUCUACCCCCAAUAGAAUGAUGUGGCAGG